CAUCCCAGGGCAGGAGCAGCUGGAGCGAGAAGCGGCCGCGCUCUUCACUCACAUCGACACAGCCAUUGGGAAGCUCCGCGCCGGUGAGGAGGCCGCGUGUCCCAGGCCCAGGCCUCCCCAGAAGACCCACUUGUCGUGGGAGGGAGGUGUGCUGAGGGUGGGCACAGCCUCCGUCGGGGGCGUCCCUGUGGAGUCCAUGUUGGAGAAGCCGGGGAGGCAUCCCCAGUCGCGCUGCGAGGUGGACCUGCUCUGUGAGACGCAGGCGGCCUGCGCCCCUUCCCUCCCUCCGACGCCGCCCAGACAAACCUUCGCUCCUGAGCGAGAUGCACGUCCAGAAGCAGCUGUUCGCUGAGAGGCUGAGCAGGGCUUCCGAGGAGCUGAAGGAGCAGGGUGAGAGGGGCUCCCCGCCACGCCCAGCCCUUCGCCUGCCUCCAGCCCUGAGGCUGAGAGCAGAGUCCAGUCGCCCCCCCCCAUCCCUGCCCCCUACCCGGUGCCUGUCCACACCUCCCAGCGCCACUUCCUGCCCACACCCCACCCCUCCUGGCUCUGUCUGCCUCCCUGGCACCUCAGCUUCUCCACCAUCUCACCCUCGGGCAGCCUGCAACCGCUCCUGUGGUGAGUACUGGGGACCCGGCUGGGCCUGGGUGAGGGGCACCAGGCCCUCGCUAAGGCUCCUGCCCCGCCUCUCGCAGACCUGCCCUUCAAACUGGAGGUCAUCAACUGCGCCAACUGCAGAGCACACCUCCUCACCUGCAGAGACCCCACCCUCUGCCCAGGCUGGACCCAGCAGACUCUCCUGUGGGCUGGGAGCCUCUGCAUUACUCUGGCCCUGGCAGUCGUCGCUGGAGAUGGUACAUUUUCUGGCACAAGAAGCAGGCAGAAGAGGCUUCCAGGUUGAACGGAACCGUGUCCCCAAGGCCCCACUCUGGCCCUUCGCUCAGCCCUGCGCCCUCCCCACUGAUGCUGCAGGCCUCCAGCCUCGGCCAGGCUCUCCGGGACUAAACAGGACCUCUACAGCCCUGAGUGCACGCAGGCCCGGGGCCCUGAGAGCAGGUUGGCUCCUGGUGCCAAAGGAAAGCAGAUCUGAGUCCAGAACCUGGACUCCAUCCCUGGCUCAGAUUCUAAUGUUCUGGGUUCCCCUCUGCACCUCAGUGUCCCCAUCUGAACACAGGCGGAUGCCAUGCUUUCCCCAGGGUGUGUCCUGACCCUGGAGCCCUGGGGUCAUAUCUGCCAUCCCAACUUGCCUGUGCUGUGGACCCACAUUCAAUUCCCUUCCCCCACUGCAAGCCUUUGUAAUCCUGCUUCAGCGGAGCCCCGGUCCUAAACCCAGGCCUCUGGCCUCCUCAGGCCUGCCAGUGCCCGCCCUGUAGCGGGAAGCGGCUGGCUCUCACAGCACAUCCCACAGUAGGGCCACUCCUGGGGCUGGGGCGGAAGGGCUCCAGGCGACUGAAGUGAGAUGUGAACAAACCAUAAACGGCAACCUGGGCAGGGAACACCACGGGGACCUCCAGCUCACCCAGCCAGGGAUCCCAGAAGGCCUCCCUGAGGCAGCGUCUGCAAGUGGGAGAGACCGAGAGACGGAGGGCAGGAAGGGAGAAGUGUUUUAUGAAGGGCUCAGGCUUGCAGAGGCAUGGAAGCACGAGGGACAUUGAUGGGAUCAUGCAACUUCCCAAACCGUGGUGUGACCCAGGGGGAGGCCAGGUGAGGGCGGCGGCAGGUCAGGUCCACGGAGGCUCCCAAGCCCGUGCAGGCCCAAAGGGAGCCGGACCGGAGAGGCAGUGGGAGGUUUUGCGGAGACAGCCCUGAUCCAGGA